GAGACACGGGGAGAAAAGCACGGGGAGGACGUGGGUGGGUUGGAAAGCGUGGGCAAGAGGAAAGGUAAAAAGGAGAGGAGGAAAAGUGUUCCCACCUGAAAGGGAACCAGUCGCGCCUUCACCUGUGCUCAUGGGGUCCUCUCACUCGGCAAUGCAGAUGCCCCACAGUAACAGCAGCUGUGCCGUCGAUGAGAGUAUUGUAAGUACUCCAGCUUCCACAGUGACGGGCACUCUCAUCCUCUCCAUCGUGUUUCUGUUGGGAUUCCCCGGAAACCUCUUCGUCAUCUGGAGCAUCCUGGCGCGGGCCCGAAAGCAAUCCGUCACGACCCUUCUCAUCCUCAACCUAGCCCUUGCGGACGGCUCCCUGAUGGCUCUGACCCCGUUCUUCAUCGCCUACCUGGCUUUUAUGAACUGGAAAAUGGGGACUGUGAUGUGCAAGGUUCUGUUCUACCUCUGCUUGGCCAACAUGUACGCCUCCAUCUACCUGAUCAUGCUGAUGAGCAUUUACAGGUUGGUGUCGAUAGUGUGGCCCCAGCGCAUCAGCGUGAUCACCGGCAAGAGGACAAUCACACGAGUGCUGGCGGUCAUGUGGCUGUUCGUCAUGGUUGCCUCAAUUCCUGCGCUGAUCUAUCGAGAUGCGAGGCGUAAUAAAGAGAAUAGAACGGUUUGUGAUUCAUUCCACGACAAAGACCCAGAUGCAGUUCUGCAGUACAUGCUGGAGAAUGUUUUGGGCUUCCUGGUACCCUACGGAAUCAUUUUGGUCAGUUACAUUUGCAUCCUCAGACGAAUCCGGCAGACUAAAUUCCGCCGCCGGAUCCGCAGCGAAAAGCUCAUUCUGGCCAUCGUGGUGACCUUCUGCCUGUUUUGGUUACCCUACCACAUCAUCAACAUGGUACAAGUUGCAUCGGCUUUGUUUCCAGAAUGUUCACCAAAAAGAAUAUUGUUGGAGAAAAUAUGGAAGAAAUUCCGUGCCGUUACCUCCACCGUCGCCUUCAUCAGCAGCUGUGCCAACCCGGUGCUCUACUUCUUCGCAGGAAAGUCUUACAUCAGACGGGAGGGCCUGGCGUUCAUGGCUCGCUUGUUUGAGGCCACGGGCAUGGACUACACCAGGAAGAGCCGAUUGAACAGCCAGAACAGCCGGGACAAGGACAAAGACGCGGAAGUCGUGCUGCAAGACAAGGACAGAGACUCGUCCACAAACUCAAACUCUAACAUCAAAUUAACAACGGAAAAAUAGAAGUGAAUCCCCUCUCCGGUCUUUAAAUCUUUCUUCCGUCCAAAUGUUAAAAAACAGAUUUUACAAAGACUUGAGAGUCUACAUCACCAAGUAAGAUUCAGCGGAUCGCCGAAGAGGUACUCUUGGAUACAUUGGCAGAAGAAAAACCUGUUAUAAUGGUGAUGCUACAUACAUACAGUAUAUAAACAAUUGGAAACGGGCCCAACACCCAUAUGAACCUUGGAAUAUCAGACAAAAUGAGAUGGAUGCUUAAGACUUCUCAGAAGUCUAGCUCAAGUCCUCUAACUUUGUACAUUCUGAAUAGUAGCUACGUUUCUACAUGCUUUUAAAUACAUUGCCUGCUAUUAAUUUGCUUGCUGAUGUCUUUUCCCUGGGACACCGUCUUUUAUUAUCUUUGCAUAAUAGUAUUUUUAAGGCGUCAUUGAAAUAGAUGUGAAUCUUUAGAGCUCAACAAAUAAUUCUACCUUUGUCCAAAACCAAAAUAUUGUGUGCUUCAUCAUAUCAAAACAUUGAAAGAGAGUACUGGCAUCACUUUAGCGUCCUUCUCGUGUUUGCACUACAUUGCUGUUCCCAUCAUGAUUUUUCCCCCACCAGGACUACAGUGUUUAGUUUCACUAGACAUGCCACUAGAUGUCACAGUUUUCCACCUGCUGAACCUCUAUUUCUUUCUUCUUUCUUUUUUUUUUUUUUUACAUCUAAUUGUUUUCUAGCAAUUUGAGGGAGGAAAAAAACAAUCAGUCUUGAACGGCAAAAAAUAAAACACAAGACUAAAUUGUCUCCUCACCUACUACGCUCAAGAAUGGUAAGUAAUUUGUUUUUUCUUCAUAUACCACAUCCAAAGUAGAGGUUUAUAGAAGGAAAAUGUGUUUUUUAUUUCCAAAAGCUUGUAACAAGACGUGAGUUUGAAUUUGCGUCUGUAUGGCACAGAGGUAUACAAUACAGCUAGACAAAGCAACAUUCUUACUAUUAUGCAUCCUCAUAAUUUUUUUUUCAAAGUCUUCUGCACGAUCGUACAGAAUACAGUACUCACAACUAGAUAUGUUGAAUUUUGUACUGUUUUUCCCCCCGUCAUCAUCAAAACUCUGUUCAAUAACCUUCUGCUUUGUAACAUCAUCAUUUGCUUAUAGAAUGUCAGUCAACAUAAACUACACUUCUGAAUGAAGAAUCGUUCCCUAUACAACCAGCAGACCUUUUAUUUUUCUAGGCAUUGCAAACAAAAAUGUGCCACUAACGAAUAUCUGUGAAUUUAAUUGAUUUCUUUGUCGUUUUUUUUUCUAGAAAAUGUCUUUCAAAUUCUCACAGCUCUCACUGAUUUAUAGCUAUGCACUACAGGUUUAGCCAAAGUGUUUGUUGUACAUGUGAUUGUACUUUGCUUUUGCACAAUGUUGUGAACAAAUUAAAAUACCAAAAAAUGAUAUGCAAUAAAAAUGUGAAGCAUA